UGGAGGGUGUGUGCGUUCCCGCAGCAACAGGGAAGAUGGCAGCACUCACAUCUCUCACCCAGCUGUCAAGUGGGAACCCUGUGUACGAGAACUUUUAUAGACAGGUGGACCCAGGAAACACGGGGAGAGUAGGGCCCACGGAAGCUGCGUUGUUCCUGAAGAAAUCUGGCCUUCCUGAUGUCACCUUGGGAAAGAUCUGGGAUUUGGCAGACCCAGAUGGGAAAGGGUUCUUGGACAAACAGGGGUUCUAUGUAGCUCUGCGGAUGGUGGCCUGUGCACAGAGCGGUCAAGACGUCAGCCUCACUAGUCUGAACCUCACUAUCCCUCCCCCAAAAUUUAAGGACACUAGCAGCCCAUCGCUCAGCACAUCAUCGGUCUCUAGUGAACCCCACUGGGCUGUGAGGCCCGAAGAAAAGAGUAAAUUCGAUGGAAUAUUUGAAAGUCUUGCACCAGUCAGUGGACUGCUCUCUGGUGACAAAGUAAAACCAGUUCUAAUCAACUCAAAACUACCUCUGGACGUGUUAGGAAAGGUUUGGGAUCUUAGUGACAUUGAUAAAGAUGGACAUCUGGAUCGAGAUGAGUUUGCUGUGGCCAUGCACCUGGUCUAUCGGGCCCUGGAGAAGGAGCCGGUCCCCUCUGUUCUCCCCUCCUCUCUCAUCCCUCCUAACAAGAGGAAGAAGUCUCUGGUUGGCUCCCUCCCUGGCACCGUGCCUGUGCUGCCCGCCAGCCCCCCGCCCCCCAAGGACAGCCUGCGCUCCACCCCUUCCCACGGCAGCAUGAACUCCCUCAACAGUGCCGGCAGCCUUUCCCCCAAACACACACUCAAAUCCGCGCAGCACUCAGUGAACUGGGUGGUCCCGGUGACAGACAGAGGACGCUUUGAUGAAAUCUUCCUGAAGACAGACUUGGAUCUGGAUGGCUUUGUCAGCGGAAUGGAAGUCAAGGACAUCUUCAUGCACUCAGGGCUGCCCCAGAAUCUACUGGCACAUAUAUGGGCCCUGGCAGACACCAGGCAGAUGGGGAAGCUGACGCGGGAGCAGUUUGCUCUGGCCAUGCACUUCAUCCAGCAGAAAGUCAGCAAAGGCAUGGACCCUCCUCAGGCCCUGACCCCUGACAUGAUCCCUCCUUCAGAGAGGGGCACUCCCGUUCCAGUGUGUACCACUCCCUCCCAUAGUAUGUCUGGGUAUGUGACCCCUGUGAGCUCUGAGAUGGCUGCUCUGUCUGAGAUGAGGCGGGACAGCUCCAGUUCUGUUGGGUCAGGGUCAGAGUUCACUGGAAUCAAGGAGCUUGAUGACAUCAGUCAAGAGAUCGCUCAGCUACAGAGGGAGAAAUUCACCCUAGAGCAGGACAUUAGAGAUGCUGAGGAGGCCAUUAGACACAAGUCCUCAGAGGUGCAGGAGAUGCAGAAUGACCUGGACAGAGAGACGUGCAGUCUGCAGGAGCUGGAGGCCCAGAAGCAGGAUGCCCAGGAGCGGCUGGAGGAGAUGGACCAGCAGAAGGCCAAGCUGGAGGACAUGCUCAACGACGUCAGGAUCCAGUGCAACGAGGAGUCCCAAAUGAUCUCAUCUCUGCAGAACCAGAUCCACUCCCAGGAGACAGACCUGCAGAGCCAGGAGGAGGAACUGAGCCGGGCUAAAGCAGACCUGAACCGGCUGCAGUUGGAGGAGAGCCAGAUGGAACAGAGCCUGACUGCCGGCAAGUUCCAGCUGGAGACCAUCAUCAGGUCCCUCAAAGCAACCCAGGACGAGAUCAACCAGGCUCGCAGUAAGCUGUCUCAGAUCCAGGACAGCCAGCAGGAGAUGAAUAAGAGCAUUGAGCAGUACAACAGCACCUUAAAUGGGACACACAGAGGCAGCAUGACCAACCUGGCUGACAUGAGCGAGGGAUUCCCCGACCGCGAGAACGGAGACUUCGGCGCCGUGGACCCGUUCAAGGUGAAUACAUCUGGGUUCAAUAGCGUCCCUCAGGAGAUGCACACAGACCCUUUUCACUCCGAAGACCCCUUCAAGACAGACCCGUUCAAAGGUGACCCCUUCCAAAAUGACCCUUUUGCAAAGCAGUCAUCACUACCAGCCGCUGCAGAUCUCUCUCUCCACCCAGACCCCUUUGGAGGGGACCCCUUCAAAGAGACGGACCCCUUCAAGGCCUCGUCAGAAGACUUCUUCAAGAAGACCACCAUCAAGGCAGACCCCUUCAGCACCACCGACCCUUUCAGUAAAAGUGCCACCCUCCCCACCAAGACAAGUCAUUUUACAAGCAGCGCAGACCCUUUCUUAUCCAUUAGCCCAAAACCCACCAGAGGCCCAGGACCAGAUCUCUUUGGUACUCUGGACCCCUUUGGAAGCAGCACUGCUUUUGGAGGCAGUAACAGCUCAUUUGGCAGUAUCAGUAACAGUGGGUUCGCAGACUUCAGCCAAAUGUCAAAGAUCAGAGACCCAAUGGAAGGAAGAGGAGGUUUCCCAGAAUACCAGCAGUCGGGGUUUGUGGAGGACCCAUUCAGUAGGAAUCAAGACGGCCCAGCUCUGCCGCCCAAGAUGAGUGUUCCCCCCAGACCCAAACCUCCCAGUGGUAAAAGCAGCCCUGUCAACUUGCCUGGAGGAGCGGGUGACUUGGCCAAGCCCUGCGACCCCUUCCAGCCAUUCGGCAGUGACGCCAUCGACCCAUUUCAGAGUAAAAAGGUGGUCGGAGACCCCUUUAGUGGCAAAGACCCUUUUGCUCCUUCUGCCUCAAGUAAAGCCUCUAAAGACUCUUCCUUGGGUUUUGCAGACUUCAGUUCUGACCAGAAAAGGUUAAGUUUGGAAAUGAGGCUCAGCAACUGGAGUGGGCGAAGAGAGAGAGUGAGCGAGCGGAGCGGGAGCGGCUGAAGAGGCUCCGGCAGCAGGAGCAAGAGGACUUAGAGCUGGCCAUCGCUCUCAGCAAGGCCGAGAUGUCCCACGGGUGACCUGGACUGGACUGGACACCCACACACACACACACAUCCCACUGCACAAAAACUGGUUGAAUCAACGUUGUUUCCACAUCAUUUCAACAAAAAAUAAAUACAUGUGAUGACAUUGAAUUAACGUUGAAAACUCAUUGGAUUUGUAAAAAGUCAGUAACAUAAGGGUAUUUAGUAUUUUUUUUCAACUAACUUUUAACCUAAAUCCAAUCCAAUGACAUAUUUUUUGUUGAUUUCAUGUUGAGUUCACGUUAGUUGACAACUUGAAGAAAUGUAAAUCAAAACUAGACUUUGAACUGAAUUCUGUGCCCAGUGGGAUGCCCACGCACAUAGAGAUACAGACACAUAUAGACAAACACACACAUAGAGAUACAGACACAUAUAGAUAAACACACACACAGAGAUACAGACACAUAUAGACAAACACACACACAGAGAUACAGACACAUAUAGAUAAACACACACAUAGAGAUACAGACACAUAUAGACAAACACAUACAUAGAGAUACAGACACAUAUAGAUAAACACACACACAGAGAUACAGACACAUAUAGACAAACACACAGAUAGACAUACUCUUACAAGCAUUACUCGUGCACAUACACAUGCGUGUACGACUCACACACCAUACCCCAUCACACUGUGAAGGACCUGGAGCUGGCCAUUUCUCUCAGGGCCGAUGUGCCCAACACAUGUCCGCUUCCUUAACCACACACAGACACACACCACUGCCACAACACACAUACACACGCCAUCUGAUACGCACACACAGAAACACACAAUCUCUGGAUGGACAAACUCUCAAAGCAAAAGAAAAUACAAAACAGAACUUUUGGGGUUAUCCUGGGCCCUGUGGAAACCAGUGGAGUGGUGGUAUAGUGGAGGGGAAACGCAAGUAAAUGCAGUUUACCAACCCUUUUUAUUUUUUUGUGACAGUUAAUCCACCUUUUGCAAAUGCAUUACUUUUUUCACCACGACCGGUGAUCAGAGUUUACCAACCUAUUUUUUUUACCACUACAUCACUGGUGGAAAUAGAACUGGAUUUGACUUUACGGUGGUAGGUUGGAGUUGGAGUGGGAGAUUGAAGCCAACAAUCACAAUCUCUCUUACUGUUUUUAAUUGAUAGGCGGGGAGGGGAAAAGAUGAUGACCCGUGGUUUUAGAAUUAACUGAUGCACUGUUUAAAUGCACUAUAGAGGCUGGCUCAACAUGAAAGAUGUAAAGAUGAACAUAAUAUGUGUUGGUUUGGUGAAUGAGCAUGAAUCGCAGUUGGAGCUCUGACAGAUGUGAAGAAGGGAAUACCUAAAGGUUAUGCUGGAAUGCUUAUUAAGAUUGAGACAUUAUUUUAGUAUUGGUUUAUUAUGUGAAUGUGGCAAGCCAGUGGCAGGGUUCUUCUUUGACUGGCUACUGUAAGUGGUGUGUGAGAGAGGUCUGUUUGGACCAGAACAAACUGUACAGAUAUAUUUUCUUUCUCUUUGAGUGUGAGAUAGUAGAUGCAUUGUUUUGACAAUAAUUCAGUGCUUCUUCAGCGAACAUAGGAAGAAGGAAUGGGUACUUAGCUGUGCCUCCUCUGAAAAUUCAAGUAAGUUCACAAAGCUGUGAUGUAUAUCAAACAACAACCAAAAAAGGCGAGAUGAGGGAAAUUAUUUCAAGUUUUAUUAUAGGUUUUUUUAUAAUAUUUUUUUUCACUAUGUGAUGUGUUAUUUUAUUAUUUUAGGUAUUAUUUGUUAAAAGACAGAAACAUUUUGUUUAUUACGAUUCUAGUUGAAAAAAGCUGCCAAAAAUUACAAACCUACAAGCACAAGCUGCAGAGAGGUUAAAGAAAGUUAGAAAUGGCCUGUGGUUUUCUUCAGCUAACCAUCAAUAAUAUGCAAAUUCAUUAGGUCACAUGAGUUUCACAGCUAUAACUGGAAUAUUCCGCUGUUUACGGUACAGUGUGUCAUAGUUUGAUGUUACAACUUGGGCUCAACCACUUUUAUUUAUAGCUGCUUUGUCUUUUACUUGAAACUCCUUGCUGAUGGUACUGCCUGCUUAGCACAUUACACCUGUGGGUUUUACUUCACUUUCACCUUAAUUAAGCUUUGAAUUGAACUGAAUAGAGAUGAUGAUAAUAGCAGCUGAGGUCCUAACCAUAUGAAAAGGACACUUACAUUAAUUGCCCCUGUGUUCUGUCUUUUCCUGUUGUACUGAACUGUAUGUGUCCUACAUUGACUUUUAUAAGCUUCCAUGUAAUGUCAUUGUUGUCACCUACUAUUGUACUAGUCUGAGUGAAAAGACCUCACCUAACUAUAUGGGAUGUUGUGAAAAUGCAUUAUGAAAGUUACAUCCCCUUUGGGUUGGGAAAGGACAUGAUUUAAGUUACAAUUCAGUGGUAUGGGCCGUUAACGCUGCCACAAGGUGGAAAUAGAAACCAUCUCUCUGUAACAUUUAUUUGUUAAUGUUUACAUAUCAAACUUCUUUGCUCUAGUGGUUAAAACAGUGUAAUUAUAUUAUAUGUGAAGAACCUGUUCUGGUACAGAUCUGACCUUUAACUGUGCUGCUGUAUAUAGCUGACUCACUGGGCAAAAACUGGUUGAAUCAAUGUUGUUUCCACGUUGAAUCAAUGUUGUUUCCAUUUUAACAAAAAAAUGUAUGUGAUGACAUUGAGUCAACGUAGAAAAAGUAAUCAACGUGAGGGAAUUUGGUCUUUUGGUUUAGGGAUAGGGUAACCUAUCGAAGCAGGGGUAAAAGAAACGCCUGAAACAAGAUGCACUGGUCUUGACGAGAAGAAAAAAAACUGUUGGGGGAGGUUCUCUUCUGCACUGUUCAACCAAUCCAGUAAAUGUGGAGGAGGAGUUAAGGGUACCCCUAACCCUACGUAAAUCGAAUGACAUGUUGUAUUUUUGUUGUUGAAUUCAUGUUAGUUGACAACUCAACCAAAUGUAAAUCAAAACUAGACGUUGAACUGAUGUCUGUGCACGGUGGGGAGGUAACCUGGGGUCGUCUGCAUUUGACCCUUGACCUUUUUGGCCCUACCUGUGGUGUUUUAAUCACAGGUCAGACUCUCGAAGCUUGGGAUGCCAACACUCCCGCCCUUACCCAGCAUACUGUAUGUCAGAACCCCUGUAGUGCACCUUCAGGUUAAAUCCACAGUGAGGGUGUUUGGUUGGCCGGAGACUCAGCCACAGCUCUCUGUUCAUUGGUCAUUUCAUGGCCCUUUUUGUAUGCCUUGAAAAUACAUUCAUCAUUUCUUACUCCAUUCUUUGGAGUUAGCCUAGCGGUUAAGAGCAUUGGGCCAGUAACUGAAAGGUUGCUGGUUCAAAUCCCUGAGCCGGCAAGGUGGAAACAAAUCUGUCAUUAUGCCCUUAAGUAAGACAGUUAACCUCCAGCAACAACUGCUCCCCGGGUGCCGAUGAUGUCAAUUAAGGCAGCACCUCUCUGAUUCAGAGGGGUUGGGUUAAAUGCAGAUGACACAUUUUAGCUUGAAAUCAGUCAGUUGUGCAACUGAAUAGGUCUUCCCUUGAUCUGACACUGUUGGAUUGGUGAAAGAAAGGGUUCCAUUAUGUAUCCCAAUCACCCAACCAAUCAUGUCAGAUUAGGGAGGCAGGAUGGAAGGAUGCAUUUUGAGAGUAUUGAAAUAGGGCCCAACACUACCUAGUGUUCUCUACAUACUUACCACUCAUGCUGUAUUUUGUCUUUGAUACCUACAUCGUGCAAUAGGUUUUAUUUAGUAUUUUUCUCGUUGUUCGUGUGCUGAAAACACCUGUGAAUCCCAUUGGACUUUUAAUAUGUCUAUGCUUUUAAUACGAGUGCCCUCUGCCCCAACUUGGCUGAGUUUGAUCAUACAUUCAGAGGUACAUGCAGAGGCCUAAUACAAGCCUAAACAGAUUGUAGAGGACUUAUCUUUUGUUUUUCUGACAACUGAUCUGUCUUCUGAAGCUCGAUGCAUUCCUUUUUCUUUUGGUCUGCCUUUAAUUGUCUUUCCGCUGUAGAUGAGAAGAAAUAAUCAAAGCUGUCUUAAACGGUAUAUUAUGUCUGUUAUAUUUGUCCCAUAAGAAGUGAAAAAAUGUACAACUUAAAACAUUUUGAGGAUAUAUGACUAUACACUAAGAGUAAAAAAAAAAUGCUUGGAUUUAUUUUAAAUGUUAAUCCUAUGUACAUGGUCAUUGUUUACUAGAAUAAACAUUUCAUUUAAAUAAAUAAGACUCAUGUUUU